AUGUCUUCGCCAAAUGAUGUCAGUAUGGAAGAAAUAAUGCUGGAAGAUGAUGAGCGAGACAGCAUAGAAUACAAGAUCCUAAUGGCCUAUGCCCAGCGGCGGUUGUCUGUCAGUAAAUACGGGAAACUUCUGAAAAACAAGGCUAAUGAGCAGAAAUCAUCAUCCUUAAUUGGGAGAAAAGUAAAGACUGAGCAUCAAAGGAAUAAAGCUGGACCAAGCUGGAGAAUAGUUUCAGAGGGUCCCGUGAUGAAACAGGGGGACAAAAAGCAACUGAAAAGGGCAUUUUUGCCAGGAUAUUGUCUACCUUUGGUCUGCAGCAGAGCAGAGCUGGAAGAGCCCCCAGAGCUGUCAUUGCACCAAGAUCACAUGGCACAAUCUGCGAGCCCUCAAGAAGGGAGUUCUCAGCAUCAGACAAGUGAAACAGCAGAUGUCAACCACAUUGCAGACAAACUUGCCAAGCUUGUUACUUCCAAAUCCCAGGAAUCUCCUUCAGAUGCGUCAUUCCAGAUAAUGUGUCGUGCCUCGUGCCAGGAACAAGAUGACAGUGAUCCUACUGAUGGAACUGAGGGCAAAGAACAUGAUGAAGAAAAGAUAAUACAAACAAUAGUUUCACUGUUAAGACAAUCAGGAGACCAACUAGAAAAAAAGAUCAAAAAGGACAGGAUUUUGUAUCAGGAUUUUAAAGACAUGCUGUCCUACACCUUCUUCAAGAGGAUCACUGAUUUGGUCCUGGAGGAUGUCUCAGCAGAUUCAACAAACAAGCCAAGAGACCAAGUACAAUGCACGAAAGUUGCCUUUACAAUGGAAGUUGCCACCAGACUUACUGCUGUGGACACCCAUCCUAUGAACCUGGUCUUGGGCUUUGGGUUAAAGUACCUCAGAGAACACUUCAAGCCAUGGAUUCAGGACCAGGGUGGCUGGGAAAAGGCUUUGGCUUCACUGGAUCAGGAAGAAGUAGAGUAAUCAUGACCGAAUUCAUUCUUCAGGGUGCAGG